AUGCCUCAGACUCUGAAGGGAUCCUGCCAUUGCGGCGCCGUCUCGUUCAGUCUGCAGAGCAGCAGCCCAGUACCUUUUGCUCUCUGCCUCUGCUCGAUCUGCCGGAAAGUCGGCGGCUCAGGCGGGAGCAUCAAUCUGGGUGGAAUCGCAGAUACACUCGAGGUGCAAGGCAAGGAGAACCUCAGCGUAUACAAUGCCGUGUUGGCGAACCGUUGCAAGAAGAACGAGAAGCGCGCAACAUCCGAGCGCAACUUCUGCAAGCAGUGUGGCACGAUGCUCUGGCUGUUCAGCCCAGAGUGGCCUGAACUCAUUCAUCCAUACGCAUCGGCCAUCGACACGCCCCUUACACCUCCGGAGGAAAUGACGGUCUUGAUGCUCGAUUCAAAGCCAGACUGGGUACGCUUGCCGGAGGGGAAAAAGAAGACGUUCGAGCAUUACCCGGACGAAUCACUCGAGCAGUGGCACAAGCGCCACGGCUUGUGGGUUGAAUGA